UGUUCAUCUAUUUGUUCGUUCAUUUUGAUUGUCUGGUUGUCGCAGUGGUGACCUGGUUGUUACACACCUCCGUCGGCUAUUCACAUCGUCAAUCGCAUGAUGAGAGUUCUCAUGCGGCACUUCACCCAGUAUCCGCGUAGCUAAUCCUACCAAGUUUCGUCAGAAUGAAGGUCUUCUCCAUCAUCACAGCCCUUGCCGCGGCGGGCGUCGCCCUCGUAUCUGCCCAGGGCACAAUCGACGACAACUCCGACUCCUUCCCCGAAGACCUCAACGGCUCCAACUUCACCUACCCAUGGCCCGUCAAGUUGUACAAGUUCACCUCCCAGCUGCAGGAGCUAGAGAUGGCCUUCAUGGACAUCAAGCCAAAGUGCGCUCCCAAUGGAAAAACUGCCGUCCUCUUCCAUGGCAAGAACUUUUGCGGCCCGACGUGGGAGACCACUAUCCGUGUCCUCGCUCAGUCCGGCUACCGCGUCAUUGCCCCGGAUCAGAUUGGCUUCUGCAAGUCAUCCAAGCCUGAGCGCUACCAGUUCUCUCUGCAACAGUUCGCGACCAACACCAACGGUCUCUUGAAGACACUUGGCAUCGAGAGCGCUACCGUCAUGGGCCACUCCCUCGGUGGUAUGCUCACUACCCGUUACGGCCUGAUGUUCCCCGACGAAGUCGACGAGAUGGUCCUCGUCAACCCCGUCGGCCUCGAGGACUACAAGGCGCUCGGCGUUCCCUACCUCCCCAUCGACGACAACUACGUGACGGAGCGCGCCAGCUCCUACGCCUCUAUCAAGGGAUACGAGCAGGCGACCUACUACGUCGGAGAGUGGAAGGACGAAUAUGACACCUGGGUCAAUAUGCUGGUCAAUAUCUACAAGGGCUCCAAGGCCGACACCUACGCGCUCAACCAGGCCCAAAUCGUCGACCUCGUCCUCACGCAGCCCGUCAGCUAUGAGUUCUCUCUAGUCAAGCCCCGCACUCUGCUCAUGAUCGGCGAGAAGGACAACACCGCCAUCGGAAAGCAGUGGUCUCCUCCCGAUGUCGCCGCGAAGUUGGGCAACUUUGCUGCUCUCGGCCCUGCUGUUGCUGCCCAGAUCCCCAACGCGACUCUUCACACCUUCCCCACGCUUGGUCACGCGCCUCAGAUCUCCCAACCAGAGGAGUUCCAUGACGCGCUUGUCGCCUGGUUGUCCAAAUAGGUGGUCAGUGAAAGGCGUGUCCUAGAUGGGGCUCGACGAGGAGUGCGCUUAAGAAAUACCACGUAAUACUGUAAUACCUAUACACAGCC